AUGCACGGGAUGAAAGUUGUACACGUUCGUUUACAUCCAGUGUCGUUCGUAGAGGUACUUGGCGUCCGGUGCGGUACUUGGCGUCUCGUACUGGCUGAUCCAAAACGAAGCAAGACAAAGGGCCUCUGGUUUGUGCAGCAGCAAGGCAACUCGUGCCUGACAGUGAAGCAACAAAAUCGCCACGACGUGGUGGUGGUGCAGAACACCAAGAGGCAGGGCGUGCAGGAGAAAGGGGUCGGAGAUGGGGGCAGCAACACGGCACAACAUCAGGCAGAGGCCAUGGCGACAUGGGGCCCUCGAGCGCUAUCGGGGAGGAAGGCGAACUCGGGGUCCGGCAGCAGCAAGGCGACGAUGAGGGGGCACGUCGGGGCAGCGACUCGGAGCUCUUUUGAAGGAGCUGAAACAGAGGAGGGCCGCGGCGGCGCGGCUGCGGGCACCGAGAGGCGUGGCUCUGACGGACAGGGCCGGAGACGAGGUGUAGGAGGGCGGCGAGGGACUCGGCGGGACGGCCUAAACCUGCUGCUGGUGGCGCUCGUGGCCAUGGGACGCGGAAGCCGAGGUCGAAGGCGAGGCGCGGUGGAGAUCCGAGCGCGGCGUCGGCGAGAGGGUGCUGCAGCAACUGCUGCUGCCCGCGGUGAGGUCGAGACGGUUGGUGGCGACGAGGAGAAGCAGGAGGAGAGGCGGCGGAGCUCUAGCUCAGCGACAGAUGAAGCAGCAAGGAGGAGGCGCUCGGGGACGGCUCGGGCUCCAGGAGCUCGGGUGCGGGACGAGGAAAGGAGGCGCGAGGAGGGCCAUGGUGGCACGGGCGACGAAGCAGCAGCGGCACUGGUGCCGGGCCAUGCGACGGAGAGGCAAAGCAGAGGGAAACGGGAUGAGGGCGCGACGCUCCUACUGGGCGCGGAGGACGACGGCUGCAGGCGCGGGGUCUCGCUCCUCUCCCUGGCGAAGCAAGGAAGAAGGAGGGGAUCGGGCGCAGGGAGCUCCUAG